GGCACUUUCAAAAGCAUACCCGAUACACUGCGUUCCACAGCCAGCAGCAGCCGCCGCAGUCUGGUGACCUUUGUUACACCCGUUUACAAUCGCUUGUCUUCUGCCUGCAUUUCUGGUUUACCCAAUUGGACCCUUACCCCACUUUCAACGGGAGCAAAGAGUGCAAGAAAAGCAAAAAAAUAGCAAAACAAUAACAAUGGACUUCUCGUUGUCCUCUACAACAACAGUGUCGUUCGACGUCUCAACCAAGCAGUUAUCACAUUACACUUCGGCCACUCCCGAAUCUCUUUUAACAGGCUAUAGCGAUCCAUUGGACCUAUCGGAAAGCCCUUUGCUAUUCAGCUCGAGCUACGUCCCCAACUCCCCUCUUCCGUCCGCCAGCUCUCCCUCGGUGGCAGACUUGCACUACUCGCACAACAUCUCCAUCAGCAGCAACAGCUGCAUCUGCACUGGCGACGACAGCUGCAACACUGCAUGUGACAGACGCCACUAUUGCUACAAUAGAUACAGACAGGAUUGCCCGGAGAGCUCCACUCCACAUCGAAUGAAGAACAAGCAGCACACAGAGAAUAUGGACAGCCACAUGGCAUAUACCCAUUUUGAGACUUCUCCAAAACAGCACUUCAACUAUGACAAAAGUUGCUUUGCCAAGGUUUUCUCAGAUCAGUUGGUCUCCACCCCAAAACCUUCAUUGUUGCAAGCGGAGUACCAGAUGCAUCAACUGCAAGAUCACGGCAAGCUACUAUCACCCUCUACCUUGGAUGAUACAACAGAUUUGAACCUCUCUGUGACUGAAGGCGCCAUUACAGGAUACGGCGCGUUCCUAGAACUUGAUUUAAAUACAGACCUUGAACCAAGUAGUGAAUUUGAAGAGAGCCAACUACCACAGGAGCUACAGGUCUUCCAACAACAGGACCCACAUCAUCCUUAUCAACAGCAACAGCAACAGCAACAGCAACACAUCAGCAUCAGCAACAACAGAGUCCUCACUUUAUACCCACCCAAAAGAGUUUAGAUGCCGUUGCAAGCUCGAGGGCCAGACUUGAGCUUGCACAAAGUCACAACAGCCAUUCUCUCGUUUCGGAGUAUACCAAUAUUUCAAAUGACACAUCAGACUUGACCAAUAUGCUAAUGCAUAAUGACAGUUUGGAUACAGAUAACGUGCUAGUAACUACUGUGGUG